CAUCAUGGUGAUGUUGUCUAAUUUUCCAUGUUAAAUAUCCUUUUAAUUCGUUAAUAUUAUAUGUAGAUGUUUCAUAUAAAUUAAGUUUAGUAAUUCUAAUUCUCUUUCUAUAAUCAUAUUUUAUUUUCUACAUUUUUUACUGAAUGUUGUAGCUUUUAUAUUUCAUUUAUUACUUGGUUACUUUCCGUCUCUUUUUAUUCUAAAUAUUUUUCAAUUAAUGGAAUAUGUUUUAUUCUUUAUGAUUGUGUUCCAUUUAUCUUUCUUUGGUUUUGAUGUAUUGAUGAUCGAUUAGGUUUUAUUUGAACUAUUUCUAGUGGUGCUUCUAAUUGAAUUAGGAUGUUUAAUUAGAUAUUAUAAUAUUAAUUUUAAAUAUUAAUUAUUAUAUUCUAGUGUACUGAUUAUUUGUUUAAUAUUCAUUUAUUAUUUUUUCUAAUUUAUCUAUUUUAUGAAAAAUUUUGAUUAGCCAUUUUAGUAAUAAUAUGUUUAGAAGGUUUUCUAAUUUUUAUAUUAGAUAAACUUGUUGAAAUAUAGUUUUGAAUGUUUUUAAAAUUUUUGGGUACCAAAAAGUAAUUAAAAUUUUGGGUUGGAUGGAAAAGUAGACGGAUGCACAUAUUGUCGACUUUAAUGGUACCCGACGUCCUAUUCAAACUUAAGUGGUAUAUCCACCCAAAUUCUCAAAUUUAAGUGAUAACCGAGCUAUUUUACCCGUUGGUUCCCUAAAUCAACUAAUGCACCAAACCGGUCAAGGUCUUUAAAACCCUUUUGACUAAGAAGGAAACAAGUUUCCAGGUAAAUCGUAAGUUCUUUUAGUUGAAGGACUUGUUUGAAAGGCUUGCAUAAUAUAAGAUUAAGAGCGAAAAUUUUCCAUAAGAUCCAAAUUCUCAAUACGGGCCCGGUCAGGCACACGAGUGGAACUGUGGAAGUCGCCUUGUUCUGAGCGGAUUUGGAUUAGGGAUGUCUAUAUAUAAAUUCUAACCGUCUGAGUGUCUCUGCCGCUGCCCUGCAUCUGUAAAAGCUCUGAACUCUUUGGCUUCGAGAUCCAACUCCUCCUUUGCUGUUGUCAAGCCUUCCCCAGCAUAAAAAAGGCGACUUUGCUGCAGAGUUCGCCGAGUUCUUAUAUGUAUAUUGAUCUGAGAUCCUAAUCUCUUAGACGUCUCUGCCGCUUCCCCGCAUCUGAACUCUAUUUGAGUUCUCGCUUUGGCUCUCGGAUCCGUACUACUCUGUUUUUUCUUAUCGGUGUUCUUCCCAAACCCACCCAGAUAAAGGCGCCUUGAGUUAAGUAGAUAAGAGGCGAUUAAGGUGGAGAUCUCCCUAAUAUUUGAAGAGAUACGAACAAGUUUCCAGGUAAAGGAAUGAAAACUCUGCAAUCUGAAUCCAUCUUUCCUAGGAUAUAGAGGAAGAUACUUAUGCUAUCAGUCAUCGUUUUGCAGCGGAGACAGCAGAGAAGAAAAGACAGAUCCAGCCAGGCGCCCACCUUACAACUAUGUCGUCCAGUUCUAGUUUUGCAGAUCAGAGGGGAGAAGAAAAUAAAGGAGCUGACCCUGCAACCGUCGCCGCUGAAGGCUCUGUUUUAACUGGACACGAGAAAGAAGAACUAUGGGAAGGAGGUGAUAGUAAUAGUUGUAGUUUGGACCGUAUUAAUGGAUUCCCUGACGAAAUCCUCGUCAACGUUCUAUCCUCCUUGACCCUCAAGGAGGCAGCUAGAACUUCAGUCCUCUCAAAUAGGUGGAAAGAUUUGUGGAAAUCCGCGGUAACAGUUAUGGACUUCGAGCACUUGACGAAGUUGAAUCAAAUUCUGGACAGACACGCGGCUCCCAAAAAACAAAUUCGAAGGUGGCAGAAGGAGCACAGGCGUUGGUUCAUUGAUUGGGUGAAUGGGGUUUUGACGCAGCUGCAGCAGCAGAACCAUCGUGGCUCGAAAUUGAGCAAGUUCCGAAUAUGUUUCACCUUGAACAAAAGGUGCAAUUCUGAAGGGGAUAUUGAUCGAUGGCUGGAGUUUGCAAUAUCGAGGGAAGUUGAGCAUCUUGAGCUGUCCUUGAAUAUGAUGCGUUUGUGGGGAGAGUGGGAUUAUGAUUCUUAUCCCUUCUCGCAAGGUUGCUUCAAUCACAUCAAAACUCCAACAGGGUUGUCCAAUAUUAAGUCUCUAAGAUCCUUACGUUUGAGUUAUGUUGCUGUCAAGGGCGAGGUGCUCCAACACUUCAUCUCUAAUUGUCCCUUCCUUGAAGUGUUGGAUGUGGAACAGUCAAGAUUGCUAAAGGCGCUCAAGGUCGUGGGUUCAUCAACAUCUCCACUUCCGUUAAAGCAUUUGGAAGUGAAAGGCUGUCUCUUUCUAAGGUCGGUAGAGAUUGAACACGCUCCCCAUCUCUCACACUUGAUUCAUGAAGGCAGGGUUGCGGAAUUGCAUGUUGACAAUUGUCCCCGUCUCGUGGAUGUGACCAUUUUUUUCGACGACUGGCAUCCUUCCAAAAUUCCAUUCCUUUCUAGCUAUGCCGGUCAAUUGGAGUCCCUGACGCUGGAGACGAGCCAGCGUGCUAUCAAGUUUCUGGAUGUGCCUGAACUCCCUCGCCUUAAGUCGCUGACACUAAGAACUGAUGCAUUAAGCUGUGAUAGUAUACUUGGCUUGAUUCCUGUGAUCAACGCAUGCCCUAGUUUGCAGAAACUGACGGUGAAGCUGCUGCUCUAUUCACGCGAUUCCAGCGACCACUCAGGUCCGUACGAUCAGCAAGGUGGGAUAGCACAUUGCGAAGGCAUCAAAGUGGUAGAGGUUGUUGGGUUUUCAGGCUAUCAUGUCGACUGCGAAUUUGUUGAUUAUGUGUUGGAGCAUUUCGUGGGGUUGGAGAGGAUGGUGAUUGAUAGAGGUUUGACCACUCCCUUUAGGGGCGAGUUAAAGAACAAUUGCAGCAAGAAACAAGCCAAGAAAGCCAGGAAGCUUGCGUUGAAUUACAAAUCCAAAGCAUCUGCGUCACUUGAAUUUCUUGUAAUUUAGUUGUUUCGUUAUUCGUGUGUGCAUGCCGCCAUUCAAAGGGAUAAACUAGCAGACUGUAUCAUUUUUUACACAUUAACUUGGGAUUUCAUAAAAGGAGUAUGUAUAAUGCAAUAUGCACAUAAGAAGAUAAAUAAAAUGCAAUGCUGUCAAAGCCGAGCUGGAGUAUGACCCGGUAACGUGAACGACUUGGUCAUUAGCGGUCCAGUCGACAUUAGACCGUUUAAAAACCGUUUGAGAACCGGUACCUAAUAAACAGUCAUCUGUAAU